CUCGCUCUAUCACAACUCAUUCAGUCUUCCAUAUUCACAUCUCGACAUAGGACGACAUGGGCGAGGCGGUCAACUUGCCAUUCUCGCUGCACCGUCUCUUUGAGCCACGCGCGCCGCUCUUCUUCCUCAAGCCGCUCGACCAGCUGCCCUAUGAGAAGAACCUGCCGUCGUACACUGGCAUCGGUCAUCUCGUACACAAAUUUGAGAAUCCUGCAGACACGCCGGCAGCAGUGUACAUUCCAUCCCGCCUUGAAAUCCGGGCCAAGAAGCGCCAAGCGGAUGAAAGUCGUCACGCGAGUGAACUCGAGACUGCCACAGCAGCAUGGCAUCCCAAGGAAAACCCAAACGCCACUUCCGACCCGUUCAAGACGUUGUUCAUUUCGAAUUUGAGCUAUGACACGACUGAGGAAUCCCUCAAGCGCGAAAUGGAAGAAUAUGGCUCAAUCAAACAGAUUCACAUUGUGCGAAACACUCAAACCUCCAAGCCCCGCGGCUACGCUUUCGUGGAGUUUGAGCACGAACGGGACAUGAAAGAUGCAUACAAGCAAGCAGAUGGUCGAAAAGUCGAUGGUCGGCGAAUCGUAGUUGACUUUGAGCGCGGUCGGACAAUCAAGGAGUGGAAACCAAGACGAUUAGGAGGCGGCGUUGGCUUGCCACGACAAAAUCCCAAGGAUGCUGCCAAGGCGGACGGAGUGCACUCGAUCGUGCCACAGCGCGCCCGCAGCCGCAGUCGUAGUCGUAGCCCUGAACGCCGCUAUGAUGACCGCCGCGACGACCGCCGCGACGACCGCCGGGAUGAUCGGCGAGAUGACCGACGAGAUGAUCGCGAUCGUGAUCGUGAUCGUGAUUCUCGCGACCGCUACUCUGACCGCGACCGCUACUCUGACCGUGACCGACAUUCUGACCGCGACCGAUACUCUGACCGCGACCGUUCCGACCGUGACCGUUCCGAUCGCGACCGGUCUGACCGCGACCGCGACCGUGAUCGCUACGAUCGAGACCGAUACGAUCGUCGCUAAAAGACCUGGUAACGAAGGCCGGUCACUCGAUGUUUCGUUUCGUUUGUUUUUUUUGUUUUCCUCCAGUACACUCAUGUUCCACUGCUACUCCCACUUCAGGAGCAGUAAUCAGCAACCAACGCAUCAAAGCGAUUUAUGUUUGUCUUGUCUGAAGUGUUUCAAGGGAUACAUAUAAGGCCGGUGUAUUUCG